AUGAUAGGAAGAUUAGUGCCAACUCCUGGGGAAGGUGCUGAUGCAAUGACAGGUGAUGGACUAGGGUUGGAUGCAUCAACUGGGGAUGGGGCAGAAGUGGUUGUAGGUGCAAUAUUGUUUGUAUGGGCAUGUAUAUUCUCAGCACCUACAGAUGAAGAAGGUGGGGGAGCUAUAGUAAAUGUGAAGGUAGCAGAAUGUAGGGAAUAUAAUGGAUUGAGCAACGUUGAAUACCCUGCCAUAAAUUGCAGAAAACACAGUGCAAUUUUGACAGAAUUUGGUGGGGUUGGUGAUGGAAAAACAUCGAACACGAAGGUGUUUCGAUCUGCAAUAAGCAAACUAAGCCAAUAUGCUUCUGAUGGAGGUGCACAACUUAUUGUGCCACUUGGAAAAUGGCUAACGGGACCCUACAAUCUUACAAGCCAUUUCACUCUCUUUCUCCAAAAGGGUGUUGUUCUUCUUGCUUCUCAGGAUGAAUCAGAAUGGCCCCAACUUCCUGUACUACCUUCUUAUGGAAGAGGAAGAGAUGCUCCUGGUGGAAGGUUUAGCAGUCUAAUUUUUGGGACUAACCUCGUUGAUGUUGUAAUAAAUGGUCAAAAUGGUACAAUUGAUGGUCAAGGAUCUUAUUGGUGGGACAAGUUCCACAAGAACCAAUUGACUCUCACCAGGCCAUACAUGAUUGAGAUCAUGUACUCUGAUCAAAUUCAAAUAUCAGAUCUCACUUUGGUCAAUUCCCCAAGCUGGUUUGUCCAUCCAAUUUACAGCAGUAACAUAAUUAUAAAAGGGCUUACCAUUCUUGCACCAGUGACCUCUCCCAACACAGAUGGAAUAGACCCAGAUUCAUGUACAAACACUAGGAUUGAAGACUGCUACAUUGUUUCUGGUGAUGAUUGCAUUGAAGUAAAAAGUGGGUGGGAUGAUGGCCCCAUGGGGGGUGGACUGGACCGAGGAGAAGCGGUGACUGCAGCAGGUGGUGACUGCAGCCGGCGUCGAGGUGAUUCUCGUUCUGGGUUACAACGAUGCUCGUGA